AUGGAGACAUCUCCGGUACACCGCUCCUCUCACCUCAGGAUGACGGCCAUUGAAGUGCGGCGUCUCAUCGAUGCCGAUGAAGAAACACUGGAAAGAUACGUCAGCUCGCUUCUUGAGAGAUACCAAGAACGCGAUAGAGAUAUCAAAGCUUGGGCACAUAUCGAGCCUGACAGGGCCCUUCGACAAGCUCGAUUGCUUGACCGAAUUCCACGGGAACGAAGAGGGCCACUACAUGGAUUCGUCAUUGGCGUCAAAGACGCCAUCCUAACAGAGGGAAAAACAACCACCACAGAAUUCACAGCAACCUUUGAGGGACCAGGCACAAGAAACCCACACGACACUUCGAGGACACCCGGCGGCUCCUCCUCCGGCUCAGCCGCCGCCGUUGCAGACAUGCAAGUCCCGAUUGCUCUUUGCACUCAGACGGUUGGAAGCACUAUCAGACCAGCAUCAUUCACAGGAGUCUACGCCUUCAAGCCAACAUGGAACGCCAUUUCACCCGAAGGCCAAAAGAUGUCGUCAUUAACGCUGGAUACUUUUGCCGUCAUGGCGCGCAGUAUUGCCGACCUCCAACAGGUAGGCAAAGUUCUUGGGCUUCGUGAUGAUGAGCCACCUCGCCAAAUACCAUUGACUGAGGCGACUUUUGCUUUCGUGAAGUCGCCAAUAUGGCCAAGUGCCGGGCCCGGCACCGUUGCGGCUCUGCAACGAGCCGCCAGGAUCCUCAUAAAGGCCGGCGCGCAUGUUGUUGAAGUCACGUUACCUCAUGAGUUUGACGAUAUAAUAUCUCUGCAGAACGAGAUACUGGAGGCCGAAGUUGGUGUAGCUUUCCACAGAGAAUAUAGCACCUCGCGGGACCAGAUCAGUGACUACCUCGCAAGUAUUGCACAGACUGCUCACACGGGGUCGAAGAAAGCAUACGUGAGAGCUCUGGACAAGAUUGCGGCGCUGAGACCAAAGAUGGACGAGAUCGCUGACCGGUACACGGCGAUUGUCACACCCAGUGCCAUAGACGUGGCACCUAAAGGGGCGGGGACCGGUAGCUCAGACUUCAACGCCAUGUGGACGGCCCUUCAUAUGCCCGUCAUCAAUGUUCCCGGAUUUAAGGGUGAGGAUGACAUGCCUGUGGGGCUAUCUCUCGUCACAUCGAGGUUUCGUGACGAGCAUCUACUCCAAGUUGCGCGGCAAGUAGGUGGUCUCUUCGCCGCCAAGGGAGGAGAUAUAUGA